CCGCAUUUUUCAGAAGGGCUGCGCACUUCCUGUUUGCUGUCAACACAGUGUUAGUGAUGGCGUUUUUCACUCGAUCACUGCAGGACUUGCCAACAAUAUCUGUUAAUGAUGUCUACAGAAUUAUUCAGACUUUCUCGAAAGCGCCCACAUCUAAAAAGGACAAAGGAUUCAAGCUUUAUGUGUCCAACUACAUAAAUAAGUACGAAGUUUCAAACAAGGAGGCAGGAGAAGUAACAGUUAGGGCUGAGUGUUUCCAGUCAAUGAGGAAAAGCCAGAAGCCCCACUGUUUGAGUAUGGUGCUGAGGGAAUCAAAGCCGGUGGAGUUUCAGGGAUGUCAGUGCACCUGUGUGGCAGGUACAGUCCUGUGCAGCCAUGUGGCAGCUCUGCUUUUCCAGACGGCUCACUACUCCCAGUUGAAGCUUCCAGCUGUUCCUCCAGUCCUAAGCUGCACAGACACCGAACAAAAGUGGCAUAAACCGAGGACAAUGGGCAUAAAACCUGGUCCAGUUAAGGACAUGGUCGUCCUGUCAGCAAAACCAAGAGAGAGGAAAAUCUUUGAAGGAAUUAGAAGCAACUUGUAUAAAGGCACUACCAGCCCUCUGCCACUCAUCUCGACCCUAAGGAUACAGGAUGUGUACCGGGGACUUCCAGCUGAAGAAGCGCCAAUGAUCACCACAAUGGCUGUCUCCAACGAUGUCCCUCUUGUUGACUCUUUGUUUGGUCCAGUACAAGAGGGAAGUGUUCUGUCAUAUCAGCUGCCAGCAAAGGUAGUUCCCAGGACCCGUCCACACCAACACGUCCUUUCUCCCCCACAGCUUCCACUCUACAAUUACAGGCUUGAACACUCCAGCUGUGCGUAUGUAUGUUCAGAACAACAGCAACACCAUAUGAUGUCCCUUGAGACAACGUUAGAGAUGUCUCACAAAAUUGAGAGCAGCACACGGGAGCAGAGCUUCUGUCCAGAGUGGCACCAACUAAGAAAGUGUCGUGUUACUUCAACAAGGUUUAGGGAGGUCUGUCACACCAGGGGUGACAGCUCUUCUGAAAAUCUUGCGAAAAGGCUUCUGAGACCCUGCAGUCAAACUGCUGACAUGCGUCGGGGGCUUACCCUAGAGCCAACAGCUAUAGAGGAGUAUUGCAGGGUAAGGGAAGUAAACCACUACCCAUGUGGGUUCUUGAUACAUCCUGACGCACCAUGGAUGGGGUCAUCACCAGAUGGAAUUAUUUACGAUCCUGAGGAGCAACAAGUGUUUGGCCUUUUAGAAAUAAAAUGCCCAAAUGUGACAAGCUAUGUGGACUGCUCUUACAUAAUGAUUAGGGAUGGUAGGCAGACACUCAAACGUACACACCCAUAUUACUGGCAAAUCCAGGGACAAAUGCUAAUUUCAGGGUGUGACUGGUGUGACUUUGUCAUUUACACAGAAAAUGACAUGUUUAUUGAGAGGGUUCCCCGUGACAUGCAAGUACUGCAAACCAUAAAACAAAAGGUUGACCAUUUCUUUUUUUAUUUUUACCUCAGCGCUUGCCUGGCAAAUUAAGGUAACAUAGUCAAAUUUUAACCUUUGCAUAUAUGAUUGAAAAUACUGUUAAUACUUGUGUCAUGUUCCUUCCAUUUAUAUUAUUUUUAAGCAGUUAGAUUUAUGUAUUUCUCUUUAAGGUCAGAUACAAUUUAUUCUGUUUGAAAUUAGCUAUUAGGCUGUUAUAAUCAUACCCUCUUUGUGAACUGUGUUUUUCUGUUUCAACAGUUUGCAUUCACUAGAUG